AUGCACGCCGCUGAGUCUGCAGCAGUGUGCCGUCCCUUCUCGGUUCGACAUGGAUCCUCUUUCGAUCUCGGCCAGCAUCAUCGCUCUUUCCAAGUACCCGUGGCUCUCGGCAAGGGAGCCCAGUUGCUUGCUACUCUUCGGCAUGCUCCCGUAGACUUCUGCGACCUGGUGAAUGAACUUAACACCCUGCAAGCUGUUAUCAAGCAGAUCAGGAGCUUGCUGGAAGAGUUGGCGAACGAGCAAACGAGUAAUAUGGCACUCACUCCCGUGGACACAUCGACAGCUGUGGCGCUAGAACUUGAGUUAAGAUUCAUCGUUGAGGAGCUCCAGGCUUUCUGCGAUCGACUCACAGCCACGGACAAGGUAGAUGAGAAGGACCGGCCUCGCCAAGUAUCGAAGAGAAGAUGGAUACGAGAGCAAAGCAACAUCACCAAACUCAAGUCCAGAGUAAACACAGCCAGAAACUAUUUGAUGCUGUGUUUCGGUGCCAUAGUAUCGUCGCAGAGGUAAGCUUCGGGACAUUUGUUGACAAGUCAGCGCUGCCUGAUAAGCUGUUAACACUGA